AUGGAUUUCGUCUCAGUCAAUGAUCGAAGAGAGCAAACAACUGAUAUGCAGAAGGUUGAACAGGGCCCAGUAGAUAUCUACGCUGGCCAUCGGCGUGUUCCUGACAAGUUUCCCCGUGUCGCACUACUGAUCCUUGUGGUCGAGCUUGGCGAGCGGUUCACUUACUUUGGUCUCAGCGGUCCACUGCAAAAUUAUAUCAAUAACCCCUAUCGUCCAGGCUCAGAUCUCCCUGGUGCGCUAGGCAAAGGGCAAGCAGUCGCAUCAGCCCUAGGAAACUUCUUCAAGUUCUGGGCCUACGCUUCUACAAUAAUUGGCGCGAUUGUUGCAGAUCAAUAUGUAGGCAAAUUCAAAGCGAUUACAAUCUCUCUGGCAAUUUACAUCGUCGGACUGAUCAUCCUGGUCGCUUCUGCAACACCAAGUGGUAUUGCGAGUAAUGCUGGCUUUGGUGGAUUGAUCGCCGCCAUGGUCAUCAUUGGCCUGGGAACCGGAGGAAUCAAAGCCAACGUUACUCCAAUGUGCGCCGAGCAAUACAAAAAUGCGGAACCCGCUCUAAAGCGGCUCAAGUCCGGCGAGAUUGUGAUUGUUGAUCCUGAGUUGACCAUACAGCGACUCUUCAUGUGGUUCUACUGGGUCGUCAACGUUGGUGCCCUCUCACCCUUAAUCACGGUUAAUGUUGAGGCCAAGGCGUCCUUUUGGCUCGCGUAUCUGAUUCCAUUGAUCGCAAUAUGUCUCUCAGCCGUUGUUUUCUUAUCUGGCCAGAAGAAAUAUGUGAAGGUUCCUCCACAGGGCUCCGCAAUCAUAGAUGCGUGUAAAGUCUUGAAUAUCGUUCGCCAAGAGAAGAAUUUCCAUGAUGCAAAGCCUUCAUCUCUUGAGGCUGCCGGCCGCUUGGGGAGAUAUCCAUUUGCAUCCUCAUCACGAUAUACGGAUCAGUACGUUGCAGACAUGUUUGUUUUCCUCCCGUUUUAUUUUAUCUGUUGGGUCCAGAUUUGGAACAACCUCAUCUCACAAGCUGGUCAAAUGGCACUGCAUGGAACACCGAACGAUCUGCUCCAGAACCUAGAUCCAAUCGCCUUAUGCAUUUUCAUUCCGCUCCUUGACUUGGGACUUUAUCCAUUACUCCGCAAAUUCAAAAUCAACUUCAGUCCAGUCCGUCGAAUAUUUACCGGAUUUCUGCUUGUCUCAUUCUCCAUGGUCUACGCAAGCGUGUUACAACACUUCAUUUACACCUCACCGAGCAACAGUAUACACGUUUGGAUUCAAGCUCCGGCGUACAUUUUUGUCGCUAUGUCAGAAGCCUUCGUUAUUGUGACUGGCUUGGAACUUGCCUUCACGAACGCCCCCCAAAAGUAA